AUGGACAACUGCAAUGCAAACUCAUUAUAUGGAGCAAUUAUUAAUGAUGAUGUAAAAUUGUUUAUUACAUUUACCGAGAGAGAUGGGUUCGACCCCAAUGCUGUUAAAAUUUUAAAGCUUGAAACAGAUUAUUUUGAUAUUAUGUAUUAUGAUAAUAACCAAAUGAGCUUCUCGCUGCUUGAAUUUUGUUGUUUUCAUGGAGCAGUAAAUUGUUUCAAGUUUUUAAGGACAGAAUACCAAUCAAAAAUCACCAUUCGAUGCCUUGAAUAUUCAUUUCUUAGUGGUGUUCCUGAUAUAUUGAAUGAAUGUUUAAAAUAUCAAAAUCCAAGCAAUGAAUGCAUGAAAUAUGCAAUAAUUUCACAUAACAUUGACUUUGUUGCCUUCUUGGCAAAUGAAUUUAUGUUACCAAUUGAUCCAGAAUUGUGUUUCAAAUACAACAAUAUAUUAGCCCUCGCAAUUCAUAUUGAUUGCAAACAUGACGCAUUCAAUCUUCUUCCAAAAAUUAUUUGGUACAAAAAUUUUGAAUUUUUGGAUCUUAUUGUAUGGAAUUUAGUAAUGCCAAAUACACAAUUUUAUACAGGAAUGCCAAUUCUUCACUAUGCAGCAAAAUAUAAUUUCAAAUCUGCCGCAAAAACUCUUAUUUCCAUUGGAGUAAAUGUCAAUUCUCAAGACUAUUGUGGAAACACCGCUCUUCAUGUUGCCGCAGAAAGGGAUUCCGUAGAUGUUGUAAAUAUUCUUAUAAAUCAUGGUAUUGAUAUUAAUAAAAAAAAUAAUGAUGGAAAAACAGCUCUUCAUUAUGCUUCAGCAAAUCAUAAUUUUGAAAUUGUUAAAGUCCUUAUUAUGCAUGGUGCAGUUUUAAAUUUAUACGAUAAAAAUGGAAAAACUCCUUUCCAUUACGCAACAAUGUAUAGCAGAGGAGAAUUGAAAAUUUUUAUAUCUUCUUGUCUCUUCAAACAAAUGAAACAUUAUAUAUCAAAUGUCAUUUCCAAUAUAGAUGGCAAAAUGAUACAUGAGCCAGAUAGAUUCAUUUUUGCAUUUAGAGCCGAUUUUAAUAAGUCAGAAUUUGAUGAAGCUGCAAAUGCUAUUAUUUUAAACGGCAAUAAAAUCGAUAUAAAUGUACAUAACACAUCAGAAAGAAAGAGUAUUGAAAUAGCAAAACUUCUUGUCUCUAAUGGAGCAGAUGUUAAUGCAAAAGAUUUCGAAAAUCGAAAGACUCCUCUCCAUUAUGCAGCAGAAAGGAACUGUCAGAAACUUGCCGAGUUUCUAAUCUCUCAUGGUGCAAACAUCAAUGCGAAAAACAAACAUGGUUUGAGUGCGAUUCACUAUGCAGCAGGCAAAGAAAACAAAGAACUUAUCGAAAUUUUGAUUUCACAUGGAGCAGAUGUUAAUUCUCAAGAUAAUUUCCAAAUAACUCCACUCCAUAUUUCUUCAUUUUACAAUCUGAAAGACAUAACAAAACUUCUCAUUUCUCAUGGAGCUGAUAUUAAUAAACGAGAUAAAGAAAGAAAAACUCCUCUUCAUUAUGCAACGAAAAGCCAUAGUGUGGAAUCAGCCCAAAUACUUAUUUCUCAUGGUGCAAAUGUUAAUUUAUUUGAUUUUACUGGGAAAACGCCUCUUCAUUUUGCUUCAAUGUAUUAUAUUAAUGAAAUAAAAGAUCUUUUGCUCGCAAAUGAUGAUUAUCUCUAUGAUAUUCUUGAAUCUCUAGAAGAAAGAAAUAAUAUAGAAUUGGAUGGCAUUCGCCUUUCAGAUAAAUCGAGAAAUCAUAUGGAAAACGCGAUUUUUCUGAUAUCUAAUGGCUCAUUCCCCAGUAAAGUUAAUUCUGUACGAAAUGCAUCAGAAAGAAAGAGUAUUGAAAUAGCAAAACUUCUUGUCUCUAAUGGAGCAGAUGUUAAUGCAAAAGAUUUCGAAAAUCGAAAGACUCCUCUCCAUUAUGCAGCAGAAAGGAACUGUCAGAAACUUGCCGAGUUUCUAAUCUCUCAUGGUGCAAACAUCAAUGCGAAAAACAAACAUGGUUUGAGUGCGAUUCACUAUGCAGCAGGCAAAGAAAACAAAGAACUUAUCGAAAUUUUGAUUUCACAUGGAGCAGAUGUUAAUUCUCAAGAUAAUUUCCAAAUAACUCCACUCCAUAUUUCUUCAUUUUACAAUCUGAAAGACAUAACAAAACUUCUCAUUUCUCAUGGAGCUGAUGUUAAUUCUAAAGACAAUGAUGAUAUAACACCUCUCCAUUUGGUAUGUGUGAAAAAUUUUAUAGAAUCUGCUCAAAUAUUACUCUCUAAUGGUGCACAUGCCAGACCAUUAACUAAGGCGAAGCUUGAUCCUUCAAUGCUUGCAUAUGGAAUCUUUGAUCCAAGAAUGAAACUCCUCCUUCUGAAAUAUAGAUGCAUAAAUGCUAUCAAAAUUAUGUAUUUCAAAUUACGUAAUCUACUUUUUUAG